CGAAAGUGUUCCUUUAUUGUCUUCACGCGCAGCUCAUUCAUCUUUGGUGAGUGGCGACAUAAAUAAGCAUUUGCCUACGUUGUUCGUGUUGGAUGCUUCCCACCUCUCAUUGAUUGGAUUAAGCGCCAAAGUUUCCGAAUUUGCAUAAUGGUAUUGCUAGUUGGGCUUACAUUGCUUUUGGGUCUCUUCCUCGCUGUUCUUCUAUUCAACCCACGACACCGCAAAUCUGGGCAUAAGGCAAAAGCUCAAGCCAGUUUAAACGUUGAUAAGGCAUCAAAAUCCUACAGUAAAACAGAAGUUUCGUUGCAUAACAAGAGAACAGACUGUUGGAUAAUCAUCAAGAACAAGGUAUAUGAUGUUACCUCAUAUGUGGAAGAACAUCCAGGUGGUGAUUCCAUUCUUGCACAUGCAGGAGAUGAUUCAACUGAAGGGUUUUUUGGACCACAGCAUGCAACUCGAGUCUUUGACAUGAUUGAAGACUUCUACAUUGGAGAUUUGGAGCAAUAGCUUAGUCAGUUACUCCAGGAAUGUAUUGUUCAAGAGAUGUAUGAUUUGAGAAUUUCAACAUUCUGCUGCUGGUUAUCUCCCCAAUUUUCACUUCUUGUGCAUGGUUUUGAUAUAUAUUUGUGCAUGAAAUCAUUUGUGCUCUCUUGUGGAUGUGUGCAGAAAUAGUAAAACAAAUGAGGUUCCAGUCUUCAUUUCAUCUUCCAACCACCAUUAUUAUCCUAGCUUUUUGUCUCUA